AAAAUGUUGCGCGUGCAAGGCAGAAAAAAAAAUCCGCGCGCUGCGGAGUUUGCGCAGUUCUCUUGUUCUCGUCACUCCGAACUUUCGGGAGAACAGCGGAGGAAGGAGGGUCUCAACAACGCCAUUUUACAGCUUUCUCUUCUUUUCUUUUUCUUCUUGCUCCUUUUCCUCUUUAGCUUGUGCAGUCAGACCAGAAUUGUUGGUGGAUCAGGACGUGACAGUCUUGGCAAGAGGUGGAAUCUGACUCGUUGACAAACGGAGCUAUUGGCGGGCCAUCAGGAAGAAUAGGAGGAGCUGACCAGGUUUAAUCAAAGUCAUGUCGUACUCGUGCCGUGAAACUGAGGAGGAGUGGAGUGUAGGUGGGAUCAGAGCAGGUCUGAAAGCCAAACCAAGGUUUUCCUUCACCGAGGUCAAAGUGCUGCUGGAGGCAGUGAAAAGGAACAGAUACAUCAUCCUCAAGAAGUUCAACCAAGGCGUGUCAGCUGAAUCCAAGAAACAAACCUGGGCUAAAAUCACUGAUCAGAUCAAUAAUCUGGGAGAGAAUCAUAGAGAGGUGCGGCAGAUCAUGAAAAAGUGGGCAGAUCUCAAAUGUGAUGGAAAGCGCCGCAUUGCAGCUUUACGGGGCCCAAACGGCUGCAACCUGAGGAAGAAGCACCUGGGUCCUGUGGAGAAAAUGGUUCAUAAGAUCCUAAUGAUGAGUCCUGGAGGAGAUGUUGACAAUGAUCUGGACUUUGGAGAAGAUGAGGAUUUCUUGAAGCUUGGGAGUAAAGGACCUUCAUCUUCCUCCUAUUCCUACAUUAGUUUGACAGACAACUUGUCAGGGUCAGCCUCUCAUGACCUGUCUCCCCUCUCCUCUCCAGAGAAAGAACCAAGUGGCGAGCCUUUCCAUUCCUCCUCUGAAUUUGACUUAGACCUGGCUGAUGAUGGAGAGCACACCAUGGACUUUGAUGACAAUGAUGACUCCAUGUUCUCCUACCGCUCCACUUUCCCCCCACCUGCUGCCGCCUCACUGGACCCCCUGCCUGACAACAGUCUGCCACGGAUAAGGCCAAUUUACACCUACUCCAGAAACAGCAACAGCAACCAGAAUCACAACCACGUCCAGAACAACUCAACUGUCAGACCUCCUUCUGGACCUUCCUGCUCCUCUGUGGCCUCCACCUCCUCUGCCUAUCCUGUAUUGUCUGAUUCUGAUGCUGCUUCAUCCUCUAUUGCUCCUCCACCUUUGCAGUGCUCUUCUAACUCCAGCAUCACUGUCUCCUCCCUCUCUGCUUUCCCCCCUUCCUCCUUCUCAUUUACUCUCCCUCCUGCCUCCCCAUCUUCCUCUUUACCUUCAACACUUAAUGACUCUAUCUCUCAUGCAGCAUCCUCCACUUCUUCUAUUCUACCUCCUGCUCCUGUUCUUCCUGCACCUCUUCCUCUUUCUGCUGCUCCUGCUCCUCCUGUUUCUGCACCUCCAACUGUAUCAUCCUCGUCCCCUGCUCCCUCUGCACCUUCCUUUUCUGUUCCUCCUUUACCCCAGUCCACAUCCUCCUCCAUUUCUCACCAACCUAUGCCCUCUUCUUCAUCCUCCUCCUCAGCUCCUCCACCGAAUCCUUUAUCCACCUCGAGUUCUAUUCCAUCUGAUCCACUCCCACCCGGGGCGUCCUCCCGCAGGAGUCAGGACCGAGUGGCCCAGCUGGCCACUCAGAGCCUGCAGCAGCAGCGGGCCAGCCGGAUGCUCCUGGCCUCCGUGUCCCAGUCUCUGGAGACACUGGCCCAGUCGGUGCAGCUGCUGGUGGAGAGCCAACAGGAGUUUGUGCAGGAGUCCCUGCUCCUGCAGAGGGAGACAGUGGACAUCCUGAGGGAUUUCUCCAACACUGCACUGACUAUGCUCAGAGAGAAAUCUAUCAGUGGACAAGUAUCAACUCAGCAUCACCUCGCCUCACACUUCUGAGGGGUGAAGGUGACGAGAGGAGAGUUUGGUUUUUCAGAGCAGAAAGUACAGCGGCCACGAGCCAGAGAUGGCAGUUUGAUACAGACACUUGAGUUUUUGUGAGAUUACUGGCAGUCAGCCAUCAUCUGCUGUCUUUUUGUUUUAAACAUCUCACAUCUUAUUAAUGUCAGAGACUCUAAGGGAUCUCUCCCCCCUCCCCGCCAAUUGGAUGCGCUGGCUAAUGAGCAGAGAAGCCAUCUGAAGCCCAUACCCUAAAGGUUGUUUUAUUUCAUACAUCAGCUGAACAUUUUUCAACUUGAUUUUCUGUGUGUGGAUGUGAGAGGUGUUGCAUCUUCUGGACACUGUGGUUGGUGUUUUGGACAAGGUCCUUUGUCAUGCCACAGAAUGAAGAGGACUCUGUUAGCGAAACCCAAGGCCUUUUGGGGAAAUCGUGCCAUCAGGCUCUUGGAUUGUGCUUUGGACACACCACACAGGAUGAAAUUUACUCCUUGAUUCAAGAACAGUAGGACUUAGUACAACUUAAAAAGAAAACUGUUACAUUGAGUGUCUUCUCCUCCCCCCUUCACUUCACUCCUGAAUGACUUAAAGCUUCCUUAUUUUGGUUUUAUUUUUCCCCUGUAGUGACUCUCAUCCCUGAACAUUUUCUGUUUAGGGAAAAAAUGAAUUGAAUUACUUCAAGGCAGAUGUGUGGAAGAGCAACACUACGACGGGGUGGAACCCCCCCCCAAGAAAAGUCUGUGAUUUGGCAUUUGUCCUCCUUAAUGCUGUGGACGACUGAACAAACUGAAGAAUUCUGCAGAAACUAAAUGCCCUUGUCUGCAUAUGAACUCCAGACAUGGCCUCUGGACUCAAAACAACACUGCAGUAAUGUAGAGUUUGGUAUUUUGCUCAAGGGCACUGCUCACAUUGGUGUCAUUCCUCAUGACACCUGCAUUCCAUGCACAGUGUGAUUGUAGCUUUUCUCUAAGGUCAGUCUCAGACGCUCUGUCUGCCACAUAGAUGGUCACGUGUAAAUUAGAAGCCUGUUAUUCACUUCUGUAUCAGUGUGAUUUGAGUAGCAGGAUGUGUUACGGAUGUAUUGCCAAAUUACAGAAAUGGACAAGGAUAGAACUCAAUGAAAAUGCAAAUCAUAUCCUGCACAACAUUUUAGAGACGAUUUAUUGGGGAGUGCCUGAAAAUGGGCACGCGCUGGACCUAACUGUGUAAUGGCUGAGAAAUCCAAACAAGCUGAUUCAUCAUUUCUUGUGGAAGAAAGGAUUUUUAUUCAGGUUGUGCUCUUAAUUUUAGAUGCAUUUAACUGUUCCAGCCCACUCAAAUCCUGACUGUUAGCUGCCAUUCUGUGUGGCGUUAAACUGGCCUGAAAGAAUCCAGGAUUGUGUACUCGGUGGCGGAUGGAACGAUAGUCAGAAUCAUUAACUUUAGAACUAUGCAUGAUGGCAGUCAGAACAAUAAGCCCCAAUUAGAUCUCGAUAAUAAAAAAAAAUCUGGUGCCAUCCCAGGGACUGUCAUGGAUCCUAAUAAAGUGACUUUGAGCAAGGCACCAUACUGCUGCACCUGGACUUUCUUAAAGGUUAUUGUGAAGAAUGUGACACUUUAUACAGCAGGCGACGUAAAGCCUUUCCAUUUUUAACUUCUUUCUUAGACUUUUUUUUGUUAACGUAAAUAUGGAAGUUGUGUUCACUUUCAGAUUAGUCGUGACACCACAACUACAGGUAAUGUCACCACUUUUGGCAUUUCAAGUUCCUGGGGUUUGUUAGUACUGUGCUCAUUUUAUUCUUUUAACAAAAUAGUGCAGGUUUUUUUUAAUUAUUAUUAUUCAGUUUAAAUCUUUUGAUUGACAGAAUUGUCAUGUGCAGAAUAGAUUUGCACAGAUCAUCUAAUUUACAUUUGCUGGUCAAUUAUAUGGAAGAUCUGAUGUUUCAUUAAAUUAAAAAAAAUACAUGUAAAUACUAUUU